AUGUCUGCGUACGACUUCACCUCCGUUCCUAUUGUGGGUAUUGGAGCAGCCGCUCUCGAGGCGCUGGACGCGAAGCAGGUUACGUUCCUACGCGCUUUGCCCAAGGCUGAGUUGCAUGCACACUUGAACGGCUGCAUACCUCUAGCUGUUCUUCAAGAGCUAGCCCACGAUUAUGCUUCGGCAGACACGCCAGGGAGCGUCGCCGCGGGGAUCACGCGACUGCAGGAAGGCGUCGUACUCGACAAGAUCUCUGACUUCUUCGGACUGUUUCCUGCAAUAUAUGCGCUGACUGCGACGCGGGACUCGCUCGCGCGGGCUACGCGUGGAGUCCUCACUCACUUCUUGGACGGGGCUCUGCCGCAGGCGGCGUAUCUUGAACUUCGGACCACGCCUAAGACCACGGAACAUAUGGACAAGCGGGGCUAUCUUGAGACUGUAUUGGAUGAGGUUGAAAAAUACUCGUGUGAUACGGUUGCUCUCAUUGUGAGCUUGGAUCGUCGCAUGGACGAGGAGACUGCCCGUGAAGUAGUACAACUCGCUGCCCUACUGAAACAAGAAGGACGACGUAUAGUCGGGGUGGAUCUUUGUGGCGACCCUCACGCUGGCGACAUGACGAUUCUGCAAAAGUAUUUCAGGGCAGCGAAGGAUGCUGGUUUGGGUGUGACAUUACAUAUCGCAGAGACGCCCGAGAACAGUGAAGAAGACACGCAUCAGUUGCUGGCCUGUGAGCCUCAACGCAUUGGCCAUGCCACUUUCUUGAACGAGACAGCGCGUCGUGUGGUCUGCGAGCGAAACAUCUGUGUCGAGAUUUGCCUGACUUCGAAUGUCCUGUGCAAGACCGUUCCGACGUUACAAGAUCACCACCUACGUCACUACCUGCAAGAGAAUCAUCCCGUAGCAAUAUGCACCGAUGACACCCUUCCAUUCCGCAACUCCCUGCUCGGGGAGUAUGCGUUAUUGUUGGCGCCGAAACCCUUCGGUUUGGGGCUGAGUGAAGACGAAGUUGCGCGCAUCGCGCUGAUGGGUAUGGAUAGUCGCUUCGCACGUACCAUAGAUCGUCUCAUCUGA